GCAGCCAACAGCUCGACGGCUAGGCUGUCAACUGCACCAUGUUAGACCGGCUGCCAGCAGUGACUUUCUAUAUGGCAGUGAAAGAUAGAUACACAGCUCAUGUGUAAAUACAGUAAUUUGGUGACAGAGGUGAAGACGUAAAAGCAUAGAGGAUUAAGUUGUUAAACAUUAACAACAACCGAAGUAAAAGCAAACAGCUGCUGCUAAUCCAGGAAUAGUGAAGACUCUGCGUGUAUGUGUUGUAUGAUGCCCUUUUCCUGCCUUAUGCAAGGCAACUCCUGUCUGCAUUGGGAAAUCACAGUACAGUGGUCCUGUGUUUUAAGCUCUCAGGUUUAUUAAAUAGUGCACUAACUCCUCUAGGAUAUUCUAAUGAUUUUUGACCACCGAAUUAAGUCAUUGGAUACGUGGAAUACCAGUAUGAGCAGUGGAUAUUGCAGCCUAGAUGAAGACUUAGAGGACUGUUUCUUUACUGCUAAGACUUCAUUCUUCAGGAAACCUCAGAACAAGCUUUUAGAAAAGAAUGUGGCAACAAAAGAAGAAAAGCCCAAGGUUCUCUCAGAAAAAGAGAUUAAACAAAAAAUUGACAAAUACAAUGGAAAGGCAAAAAAUUGCUUGGGAAUGCGUUUGAAUCCGGAUGGCACAUACACUGGAUUCAUCAAAGUUCAUCUCAAACUACGUCGCCCUGUCACUGUCCCAGCAGGCAUCCGCCCACAGUCAAUCUACGAUGUGCUGAAGGAAGUGAAUCCAGCAGAAAUCACCAACAAAAGAACAUCAUUUUACCUACCACAGGAUGCAAUUAAACAGCUUCACAUCAGUAGUGUAACCACUGUUAAUGAAGUGAUCACAGGCCUGCUAAAAAAGUUCAUGGUGAUUGAUAAUCCUCAAAAAUUUGCUCUCUUCUACCAGACAAAAAAAGGCAAUGAUGUGCACCUGCAGAAACUUAAAGAAAAUGAGCAUCCUCUUUUAAUUCGUCUUAUGGCUGGCCCAGAUACAAAUGUCUCAAAUUUUGCAUUGAAGGAGAAUGAAACUGGGGAAGUUGAGUGGGAUGCUUUUAGUGUGCCAGAAUUGCAAAAUUUCCUCAUUAUAUUGGAGAAAGAGGAAAAGGAACGGAUCCAACAGGUGAAGCAGAAAUACAUCACAUUUCGUCAAAAACUGGAGCAGACCUUGAAGGCAAUUGGGAAGCCUGGAUAACUGGAUUGCAGACAAACCAAAAAAUAAACAAAAGACUAUCGUUAAAUGUUGCUCAGGACAUGUGGGCAGGAUUAUCUCAAGGGACAAGUGCAACAACAAAGCAACAACAAAUGUUGCUUUUAAAACUGUAAAGGUGCAGAGCUGGUUCCAGGAGUUUGAAACAUUACUGCUGAUAUGGAGCUACCACCCUGGAUUGAUCAAAAACAGCUGAUUUUCAUAAUUUAGCCCUUUGAGUACUGAAAACAAAAUCAUAAUUACAACAUUUCUAGAUCAAUUUUAAAGUACUGUGAAUUAAAAACCUUGUUUCUUUGCUUCUUAAUACUCAGCAUAGCAAAUUUACAGAAAAUGUAGGUAUUAUAGAAAUGGACAUGCUGUUCAGAAGCUGCAGAGAGCAUUCAGUGCUCAAAGGGUUAUGCUGGUUAUUCUGCAAUUCACCAAAUUACUAUUUGGGCUUGAGCAGAAGUGUCUAUUAAAAGCAGGUAGUUGCUUUGUGCAUGUAAGAAAAAAAUCUUUAAUUUUUGUCUUUUUAUUUUUAAAAAAAAUCUCUUAACUGUUGCAUGUCUGGAUGCUGAAUGUAAUUGCAUAGAAUGCCAUCAUGUUAAUUGUCUGAGAACAUAUACAGCUUUCUUAAUUGGAUACUUUUAAAGAGAACUGUAUCAAACAUAAUUAUUUGAAGUGAUGAUCUAUAUUAUUGAAGCACCUAUGUACACACACACUAUAUAUAUAUAUAUAUAUAUAUAUAUAUACAUAUAUAUAGUUUAAAAUUCUAUUAUGAAUGGUAGAAAUUGUCCUUUUUGAGUACAUUCAGUAUUUUAAUCUAUUAAUAUUGCUGUUUCUAACUGGCUGGAAAUGGCUUUGCAUAUUUUAUUCUUGUGGCCUCAUGAUAUCCUUCAAGGGGUAGUAUGCCUUUCUGCUUCCUCUACCAUAAUUUCUGCACUAUCUCCUCUUUGAAUACAUUCUGGAUAAUGCAGUGACUUAGCACAUUGGAUGGAAUCUUGUGCCCUCUCCCUAUAGCAGAUUUGGUGGCGGGGGCAUUUAAACAGGUGGGAAGUUGGUAGAUGGAGAGCCUGCCUUCACCCCGAGUCUAUGGUGGGAAAGCCCCUAGACAAGCUUCUCAUUCCAUCACCAAUUGAAGCCCUUAAGUGGGCAAUUAAUUCCUGCUUAAGGGCCUCAUCCCACACUGCUGUAUUAACCUAAGAGUAGGUGCUCACCAUUGGAAAGCACGGUAUGUAAACCUGCGUUGGGUUGCUUGCAGGCUCCCAGUGGGAGUCCCUCGUUCAAAGGUACUCUCAGUGCCUGAUCAAGGGACAUGGCAUUGGCAAGGCAGAGCCUGCUGGGAGCCAACCCCUGCUGGCUGCCGACCCGCACCUAAUUUCCACCCCCCACCCCAUUACUUAUCUCUGGCCUGGGAUCCAGCGAUGAUCCGAGGCCUUAAGUGGGUGUCAUAGUGGCAGCAGCCACCGCCUCCUUGGUGGCGCUGCUGCUCAAUAGAGUUUUUGGCCUCUGGCCAACAGCUCUUGGAGGGCUGGACUUCUGCCCCCCACCAAGCGUCCUUGCUGAUCCCAGGGUAAGGCCCAUCUUAGACCUGUCAAGUGCCUGAGUGCAACAGAUGCGGCAGGCCUUCCCUAAAAGAAAUGGUGGAGGGCUCUUGCCAGCAGCCAAGACCCCCCCUUGCCUCUAUAAGAUUCCACCCAUCAUCUUAUAUCAAUUUUAGAACCUGGAUUUGAAGUCAGCCCAGACCCCUGGGUUAAUCUAGUCCACUCUCUCAGAUUUUGUGUGAAGUGAGUUUAGGUAUUUGCUUGGGUGUGGUACUAAUUCUGCAAUCUGUCUCAAAGGCCAAAUGGAUUACUGGCAUAGAAAACGCAAUUAUCAUACAACAGAAGUAAGUGAGAUUAAAGUUAAGUAGACUAAAGCACUUUGUGGGGCAGAGUGGAGGCAUAUAAUUCUAAUCUGGGAGUUUUGCUGCCUAAGUAUUUCAACAGCAACACUUUACUAUGUUAAAGGCACUAUAUAAAUGCAAAAUCUCCCAAGGCACUUGACAGAAGCAUAAGUCAAAAUAGAGACUGAGCCAAAAAGGGAAAGAUUGGGAGGGGUGACCUAAAGCUUGGUUUUAAGGAGGAGAGACAGAAAGGUUUAGGGAGGAAAUUUUCAGUGCCUGUGGCCUGGACAGCUAAAAUCUGAAACCCCAAUGGUAAGGAGAUGGGUAAGAGAGGGAGGCCUGAGUUGUUUUAUGACUGGAGAUCAGUAGCACAGAAUAGGGUAAACCCAUGAGAUUGAACACCAGGAUAAGAAUAAUAUAUUUGAGAAUUUUCAGUGAGUUUGAUAUAUGCCCUAUCAUUACAAUUGGAUAACUUGAUUCAGAAUUCAUUGAUGAGGUUAGAUAACCAAAACAUUUAGUUCCUCACAUCUGCCCCAUGCAUGGCUCUGAUCACACAAUAAAAAUUGAAACUUGAUACCUUUGGGGAUCUUUGCUUAGGUGCUUCUUACGAAACUUCAUCACACCUAAGUGACUUAAAGUAUUUUUUUUCUUUUUGCAUACUACUUGGUAUGAUGUGUUUUCAGAAUUUGCUAAAAGUAUUCAUAAAAUUGAGUUGUUAUUUCAGUGUUAUGCACUAUGACACUUCAUUUUAUAGCUGUGCUUUCAAGGAUGAAAUUCACCUUGCGUGGCAGUGCAAAACAGGUGAUAGAAGCCCAUUUCGCACUCCAUCUGAUUUUUUUAUUGUUCUCAAUAGAAAAUUGGGUGGAGUGUAAAAUGAGUUGCCAACGUGCUAUCACCCAUUUUACAAUCCUGCCCAAGAAUUUCAUCCCCCAAAUAAACAUUUAGCAGAGCAGAAAAGAGUCCUAUUUACUCUAUUCACGUUACUUUGACAUAGUGAUAGGUCAAAGACAGAUAUAGUGCCAUGAAUAGAAGACUACUGACUUCAAAUCAUUGCACUGAAGUACAUCCUGAAGCCAAGCAGAAUUCCCCAAUUAAUUUGCUGAGCCAAUUUAGCAAAAAACCUUUUGCACCACUUUGUUUGCUUUAAGUUAUCCCUAUUGCUUUAAUUUUUAAAGGAGAGAGUGCUAAUAUGAGUGGAAAAUUUAUGCAAUACUCUUCCUGGAGCUGUGACUCAUUUUACAUUUGAAAGUGCAUAAUCUUGCGUCAGAAUUUUGAGUUUGCGAUUUUAAGAAAGUCCCACAUUUACUUUUAGUGAGAAAAAGAUUAUUAUCCUGGUCAGAAUAAAAUUUUCUUCCCAACAUUUUUUCAAAAAUGCCAAUAUCAUUCUCAGAAAGGUAAAUGCAGAUGAAACUGAAUUUCUGGUGCCUUUGAAUGGUGGUUUCAUUAAUGAGAGAGUUUCCCAUUUUGGUGGCCUACAUAAAGAUUUUCCACUAAGAUUGUGCUUUUUGAAACUACCCAAAAAUCUUUUUGGCAGGCUCAUAUUGUAAAUAGGGGUUUCUGAACAUUUAUUUUUAACAUCUUCCUGUAUAGUUUCUUCCACAACCCAUUUUGCAGUUUAAAUAUCUAAUUUAUUUCCUCUUUGUAAAAACUUGCUGUAUAAAAGGAGUAAGAAGAUCCAGUCUGCAGGCCAAUAGUUGAAAACUAAUGACCAAACAUUCAAAAAUAAUUUGGUUGUAUGAUGGAUGCAAAAGACUCCAGGGGCAGGAUUUUCUAAGCGGGGGGCAGGGCCCACUCGCCGACGCAUAAAAUGACGUGCAGUGACAUCACGCGGAACUCCUGACGUCACCACGCCCCAUUUAAAUUUUCCAGUAGGUGGAGGCGCAGCAAAAUCGUCUGUGCACCCGCCAACCUGCCAAUGGCCAAUUGAGGCCAUUGACAGAGUCAUUAGAGUAACUAAUGGACCUGCCCGUCCAACCUUAAGGUUAGCGGGCAGGCCAGGAACCCUGGUGGGAAUUAGACAAAGCAUGAAACUGCAUCCAUGGGUGGGAUGAGGUUUCAUGUAGGGUUUAAAAAUUUAAUUAAAGUUUUUUUAAAUUAUGAACAUGUCCCAACUCAUGUGACAGUGUCACAUGAGGGGACAUGUC